UCUCCGGUUGUGCCUCUCCGCUUAAAAUCAAGAACUAAUUGCUGUCACAGGUAGAUCUCUCUUCAUAUUUAGCUUUUAGGUUUCCAACAUCUUUUCUUGCUUCUCUUUUCUCUGCUAUUUAAAACCCUCUCCCUUGCUUCUCUCAUCCGAAAAGACAAAACCAGAGUUUUCGUCUAAGCCCCUUUGCAGAAGAAGAAGAUUGACUGGUCGAGAGCUCUAUAUCUGAUCCAAUAGGAUCUGAGUUAUCCAACAACGAAAAUUUAUCUUCUCUUUUAUGUUUUUUGGAUCAUUUCAUUUUCUGUUGGUGGAUUUUUUUUUUUUAAAUUUGGAUGUGAGUUCGGAGGGGAAACAGAUUAAUUGACCGGUGUUUGGAAAUUACUACACUUUUCUGGAACCUAGAGGAGAAUUGAAAAUUUUGAUUCUUCAACUGCAUCUCAUCAGUUCAAAACCAGGAAACCGAAUCCGAAUCGGAUUGGAAUCCGCCUUGAGUCAAAGGAAAUCGCCUGAAAAAACCCUAGUUUCCGCGCAGGAUCGAUUCAAUCUGGAUUUUGGCAUUGUUCAUUUUGAACCGAAUAAAAACCAAACCGUUUUGUCAGAGUUAAACCGGGUUAUACACCAAGAAAUCCGGAGAACGACUUUGGACUUUGGACUUUGGAAUCUAAGGCGGGAAAGGUUGGGGGAACUGGGGAAGGAAAAAUUGCCUCUCACUGUGGCGGGAAAUUGAAAAUUUGGAGCCAAUAUUUGGAACUCAUCAUAUGCGGGUUUUCCAUUAUAUAUGCGGGAUCCUUCUUCUUCCGAGAUCUCCCAAUUCAAAUACCACUUUAGAAAGGUUUCAAAGAUCACUGUCGCGAAACCUCCGUUUCUGAGAAUGGUUCAGCAGGACAUGGAGAGCAACAACCACUGCCCAGAAGCAAAAGAACCUGCACUAAAGAUCCAGAAAAUCACUCAAAAUGGCGUUUCGGAGUUCAAGGAUGUUUCACUUCUGAAAGUGAAAAAGCUCUCAGAAAAUGCCGUUUUGCCUAAGAGAGCUUCAACACUAUCGGCAGGCUACGACCUCUCCAGUGCGAUGGAAACCAAAGUCCCGGUUAGAGGAAAAGCCCUUGUUCCCACGGAUUUGAGCAUUGCAAUACCAGAAGGGACCUACGCAAGAAUUGCGCCACGAUCGGGCUUGACGUGGAAGCAUUCGAUUGAUGUGGGAGCUGGAGUCAUUGAUGCGGACUAUAGAGGUCCUGUUGGGGUUAUCUUGUUCAACCACUCUGAUGUCGAUUUUGAAGUAAAACCCGGUGAUCGGAUUGCCCAGUUGAUCAUUGAGAAGAUAAUGACGCCCGCAGUGUUGGAGGUUGAAGAUCUGGACUCAACAGUGAGAGGCGAUGGGGGAUUUGGGUCUACUGGCGUUUGACAUCCUUCCUCUACCGGUCUACCCUUUCCUUUGCUUUUUAUAAAUAGGGAAGAUAGCAGAUUUCUGAAGUAAAGAUCUGCUGUUGAGUAGAAUGGCAAAAUCAAAUGUGUUUCAGAGUAUUUUUUUGCAAAUGGGAUUGAUAUCCAAAUCUAGGAAUUCUUACUUUUAA